GGGCAUCUUCCUCUCUCGUUUCGGUCCUGUUCGCCCCCAAACUCCGGAGGAGCCUUCCGCGCGACGCUCCACGGCUCCACCACCGCUAAAACCCUAGACGGCUAGCCCGCGCACGGAAGCGGGAGCGGAGCGGAGGCGAGCCUCUCCUGCCUCGGGUUCCCCCGGCCACCGCCCGCCGCCAUGAAGCUGACGGUGAAGACCCUCAAGGGCACGCACUUCGAGAUCCGGGUGCAGCCCAACGACACGAUUAUGGCUGUGAAGAAGAACAUCGAAGAGAUACAAGGAAAGGACAGCUAUCCAUGGGGGCAACAACUGCUGAUUUUCAAUGGGAAGGUCUUGAAAGAUGAAAGUACAUUGGAUGAGAAUAAAGUAAACGAAGAUGGGUUUCUAGUUGUCAUGCUUAGUAAGGGUAAAACAUCUGGUUCAAGUGGAACUUCAUCUUCCCAGCCCUCAAACACUCCUGCAGCAAGGCAGGCACCUCCUCUAGAUGCCCCACAACAAGCUCCUCAGCCCCCGGUGGCACCAACUACAACUUCUCAGCCUGAAGGACUUCCUGCACAGGCUCCUCCUAACACAUAUGACAAUGCAGCAUCAAGUCUUCUAUCAGGAAGCAAUGUUGACACAAUGAUUAACCAGCUAAUGGAGAUGGGUGGGGGAAGUUGGGACAGAGAUAAAGUCCAAAGGGCUCUCCGUGCCGCUUACAACAACCCAGAACGUGCUGUUGAAUACCUCUACUCUGGUAUUCCAGUGACAGCUGAAGUUGCUGUUCCAAUUGGUGGCCAAGGAGCAAACACAACUGAUCGAGCUCCUACUGGGGAAGCCGGUCUCUCUGGGAUUCCAAACACUGCUCCACUAAAUCUGUUCCCACAGGGAGGUUCCAAUGCGGGAGGUGGUGCUGGUGGUGGACCACUUGAUUUUCUUAGAAACAAUCAACAGUUUCAAGCAGUUCGGGAAAUGGUCCAUACAAAUCCACAAAUUUUGCAGCCUAUGCUCGUUGAGUUGAGCAAGCAGAAUCCUCAAAUUCUAAGGUUGAUUGAGGAGAAUCAUGAUGAGUUUCUGCAGUUACUAAAUGAGCCCUUUGAAGGUGGAGAGGGGGACUUCUUAGACCAACCUGAGGAGGAUGAAAUGCCUCAUGCUAUCAGUGUUACACCAGAGGAGCAGGACGCCAUUGGACGGCUUGAAUCCAUGGGGUUCGACAGAGCACGUGUUAUUGAAGCAUUCAUUGCCUGCGAUAGGAAUGAGGAGCUAGCAGCAAACUAUCUUCUUGAGCAUGCUGGUGAGGAAGAUUAAGCGGGAAUAGUUUUCAUUCGCCAUUUCGUCGACAUCUGACCCACAUUGAUCAAGAUUGGAAGUUCCGAGUCGAUAUGGAGCUGACAGUCAUUUGAAUUGAUUUCUUUGUGCCAGACCUAUCUUUACAUGUUGCCUUUUUAUACAUUCAAAUACAUGUAGCUGAACACAGUUAAGUAGAAUGCUACAGUUGUGUCUUCCCAUCGGUGCCUUUCAUCAGCGUGUAGUCUCCUGUAUGCGUAGGGUGCAAGUACAACACGAGUAUGGCUCGGGAGAAGUACAAGACUACAAGGAGUUACUGCCACUUAGCAAGGAUAAAAGGGAGGCUGAUGAAUUGACAAUGUGUUUGCGAGACGCUGCCCGCAUGUAUGGAUGAUGAGUGCAGAUAGGUUGAGUGUGCCAAGGCUGGCAAGUGUUGUAUAAACGCUGCCUUCGUAGUUUUGGUUAAAUGUUAGACAAUUGCAACAGUUUAGCGUAAUAUUUGCUAUUUCUGUGAUAAA